CACUUGGGCGAGAGAGCAAUGCCGGCACCUAAGAUUUACUUCCACUCUCUCUCCUGUUCGCUGUGAACACACAAACUGAGUCUUCAACGUUGCUGCUGUUAGUUGAACUUCACGCGUCGCUGCGAACACCGAAAAAAACCUUGGGCGCGAUCGAGAACCGUUUUGCAGGGGAGUGUAAAUAACACUGUUUAUUCCUCCUGGCAAAAAAAUAAUGAACGCGGGGUGAUCGAAGUGCAAACAAAAUUGAUUGCAACGCAGUGGAAUGACGUGAGCCCACAAUUGAUGAACGAGAGCCGCUUCAAUUCCGACUAAACCAAAGAGGUGCGAUCGCUUGGCUAUGUCUGUAGCUGAUUGAUUUAAUGCGACAGAUGCCGGAGCACAUAGCGCACAUUAAUUAUGAUAAAUGCGGUGCUCACAUUACGUUAACUAAACUACAAAGGCCCAAGCAACAUAAGCAGACGCUGACAUAAGCACACGCACAAAGGCCAAGGCAAAUAAUAAUAACAAAGGGCACCGCAAACCGAGACCAAAGAGCAUGUCAAAAUAUCAGAAGCUUGACAGCGCCCUGCACCCCGCCGCCGAUGAGGACGACUGCGAGGAGGGAUACCCGCUGUACUUUGAUGAUAAUCGCCAGGAUCCGGGCCUCCAGCAGCAGACUACCAAUCGGUCCGCUAGCCUGCCAAACGGCCACGGCAAAUACCACAUCCCCAACAACUGUGUUGAGGGUGAAGUGGUGACAAUAGGAACAAAAGCCGCCCGAAUCCCUGAAGAGCAGACGUGGGAAGUGCCACUGCUGGGCGACUGCGAUGACGACACGAGCAACCAGCACUCUGAGCACGAGCGUGUGGAAUUUGACAUGGAAACCGAGUGCCGCAGCCGUCAGCCUGGAUUCGGUGUCAACCUAAAGAGCAAAUCCGCACAGGAGGCCAAAUUUAAAAUUCUGCUUGCAGUUUCCUUGUGUUGCAUAUUUAUGAUCAUUGAAUUCCUUGGAGGCUACGUGGCCGGAAGCCUGGCCAUUAUGUCGGAUGCCGCCCAUUUAGCAUCAGAUUGCAUUAGUUUUGUCAUCGGGCUGGUUGCUAUUUGGGUGGGAAGUCGGCCGCCUGACGAGCGCAUGUCCUUUGGCUACAAACGAUUCGAGGUCAUCGGCGCCCUUGCCUCUAUAUUGGGGAUCUGGCUUCUCACCACCCUCCUCGUAGUAGUUGCCAUUCAGAGGAUCUAUUCACAGGAUUUUACGCUGGACGUCGAUAUGAUGAUGGUCAUUUCAGGCAUUGGCAUUGCCAUAAACAUUGUAAUGAUAUUCGUCCUGCAUGGCUCCUGGUUUGAGGGCGUUGGACACGGCCAUAGUCACAGUCACGGUCAUAGUCAUGGGCACGGCCACAGUCACAGUCACGGUUCCUUGCAGACCCAAUCAAGUUCCUACGUACUCACUUCAGCUGGUAAUGAGAGCGAGUUAAUCACGCUAGCAACAGCAACAGCUGAAAGAAGUGAUAAAGUCACAAACGAACAUAACAUAGUUUCAGGUGGAAUAAAGGAGUCUGGGGCGAUGAACUCAGAAGUGGUUCGCGAGGAGAAAAAUUUAAACCUUCGAGCAGCUAUGAUUCAUGUAAUUGGAGAUCUGGUGCAGAGCAUUGGGGUUUUUCUGGCAGCCGUUCUUAUCAAAUUUUAUCCAAGUGCCAAAUAUGCUGAUCCCCUGUGCACGCUUAUCUUCUCGAUAAUUGUAAUAAUAACGACGGUCCAGCUAUUUCGGGAGUCGGUGGCUAUACUCAUAAACGCAGUGCCGCGAAACGUCAGCAUGCGCACCCUGCAUUACGACCUUGCCAGCUUAGAGGGGGUCAGAUCUGUGCACCACCUAAACCUGUGGCAGCAAACUACCCAGCAAAGGGUGAUGAUGGCACACCUGGUCAUCGACUCUCGAGCUGACGGAAAUGCGGUUCUGCAGGCGGCAACCAAACUUGUCUCCGGGCCUAUCUAUAACGUGGGGCACUCUACUAUCCAAAUAGAACUUACAACAACGUAACACUUUUCAAAGAUAAGCUUAGCGCCUAAUUAGUCCAAGCGUCUGAAAGCUGACCUACCAAAGGCAUUCAAUGCAUUGUGUGAUAUUUGCCAGUCUUGUAUUUUUAUACUUUAUGUACGGAAUAUUGAUGAAUUCAAUUUUGCCUCUACACAAGGUUCUGAAACUUCCAGUCACCCAAGACCAAAGAAAAUAAAAUUUAAGUUAGAAAAUGAUAAAUCAAAACUUUUUUAUUAAUAAAUAGAUAACUACUAUAGCCAAAAAAAUUCGAAUUUAAGCCAGCAAAUAAAACAUGUAAAAUCACCAGAAAACGACAACAUUAAUGACAUACUUAACUUAAGACAUUUUUUACUAAACCUACGCGCAAGACCAAAAGUUUUAAGUUUUGUUUAUCAAAUUUAUACAGUUUGAUUUAUAAAGUUUGGAUAAAUCAAAUUAAUACAAUUGAAUAAUAUAAGCACAUUUAUGUUAAGUUGUUGCCGAUUUGUAAUUUGACAUACUAUUUAGGGUUUCAUGUGUCUAAAUAGCCCACUUAAUAUUUAUUUAUGCACUUAUAUACAAAUGUAUGCAGCAAAGCAAGUAUUAGUUGACUAUUCAUAAAUACCUUGGAUGCUAAUUGUUGUUUUAAUAAUUAACUUGCUUAGUGAGCCGAAAAGAGAGCGUCGAGUAUUUACGGAACGAGCCUGGACAUAACUCACAUACGAGUAUAUGGCAAUCACACAAAUCCGAUUAGAAUAUCGCUUGAAAACUAUGUACUCUGCUGUGUGUUUGUACAUAAUAUGAGCGUGGUCUUCUCCCAGUUGGCCUUCAAUGAACCGGAAAUGAGCAAAUCAAGCAUGCUUGCCCGUCCGCACACGCACACACCUACCGAGCAUUAACACAUGAGUGAAGUCAUGUCGAAACAUCUUAAUCAACCUAGAGUGGGUGGAAAAGAUUGGGCACGCCUGUGCAUUUGUCAGCUGCCCUGCCGCGUCAACUCGAGCUCCAUCCAAUCCUCUCAAGAUGCUAAAAGUGAGAUUCAGCUUGGGUUCGUGGCCCUUUUUUUGGCUAGGCUCAGGCCUUUCGGUUCAAUACGCUCGGACACGAUUAAGUUAUUUAUAAUUUAUGAGAGCGGCUGACGUGGUAAAGGAAACCGAAAAAGGGAAUCGAAAUUUCCAUUUCGCUGCCAAACAACUUGUAUUAAAAUGAUAAACUUAUGCGGAUAUGUACACACAUACGUAUGCACAAUGCAUAAUGGGAGGAUCAUAUUGCAGUGACGAAAUAAUGGAGUGAAUAUUAAUGCUAAUAACUCAAUUGACGUGUCAUGCGUAGCACUUUAGAAAAAUAAGUCUGAUAUGAAAGCUGACCCAGUUGGCUGAGCUGUGGAAGCUGCAACUAAUUAACAAGAGCAAAGGAAAAACCUAACAUGCAGUCGAGUACUUCCCCAUUUUUCAAGAG